AUGUUGAAAAAGGAGUCUACAAUAAAAAUGCCCGAGGAGAGUAGCAAUGACGGGCAGUUCAACCUAGAUGGUAUACUGUGUGAGCUAGGCUGCUUUGGAAAAUACCAGGUGCUGCUGCUGUUUCUGCUCGCGUUCCGAGACUCCUUUCUCAACAUGUGCAACUACAACUACGUAUUCACAGCCGCCGAGGUUUCCUCCAGAUGCUACGUACCAGAGUGCGAUCUAAUCGACUCCAGAUUCAAUGCUAGCUGGGUAGAUUCGGUACUGAACAAAACAGAAUUAUGUCAAAGACUAGAACCCUAUGAUAUAACAAAGAAUACCUCUGUAGUCGAGGAUUUGAGUUCCUUAAGAGUGAACAAUAGUAAAUGUUUACUGCAGAUGUUCGACGAAAAGAGAACGAUGCCCUGCGAGAAGUUGGUGUAUGAAGAUUACAACAGUAUUGUGGCCGAGUUUGACCUGGGCUGUCAGCCAUGGAAGAGAACGUUAAUCGGAACAAUCCACAAUCUUGGACUUGUGUUUUCUUAUAUAUUGUCCGGAGUUAUAUCAGACAGAUACGGUCGAAAGGUAAUAAUAGUGGGGACGCCAUUAAUGGUCGGUGCGGCGGGCCUGCUCAAAUCUUUCUCAGUCAAUUACUGGAUGCUGCUCGUGCUGGAAUUCCUUGAGACUGCGCUCGGCUACGGCAACGCUUCCUUAGUCCUAUCACUCGAAACCGUCAGUCAGCAGAGCAGGGUAGUUUAUUCCUGCAUAUCAGAUAUUCUCUCCAAUUUUGGGGGCGCAUUAUUUGGCUUAAUAGCUUGGAAGAUCCCCUACUGGAGACAUUUGAUGAGAGCCAUAUACGCCCCACUAUUGGUGGUGGUAUUCUAUAUAUUCCUCGUCGACGAGGGCGUCCGGUGGCUUCUGGCUCACAAUAAGAAGCAAGAAGCUGUGAGGGUGCUGAAUAAAGUAGCCAAAAUUAAUAACAUUACGUUGUCUAAUAAAGCGAAGGAGAUGUUGACCAAGAUAACUGAAGAGAAGAGUAAGGCUGACCAAAUGGUGCAAGCUUGUUCAGACCACCCACCGCCAAUCUUCUCGGUUCUCCGCUCCAAGAAGAUACUCCUUCGUAUAGCGCUCAUAUCUGCCAGCUUCUUCUGCUGCAUGUUCGUGUACAGUGGUGCCAUAAUCAACUCAACGUACAUCUCCGGCAGCAAGUAUCUCAACUUCUCAGCCAUUAAUCUGGUAGCUGUGCCGACGCGGAUCAUCACGGCGCUUACUCUCAAUCGAUUUGGAAGGAAAACACCGAUCUGUGUAGCGUACUGCUUGUGUGCAUUGUUCUUUAUGAUGUCGGCUUUUGUGCCCAAAUCAAUAUGGUGGGCGUCUAUCAUGUUUUACCUUGCGGGCAACAUGUGCAGCAGUUACGGCAUCUUCUCCAUGACGGUGGUCACGAUGGAAGUGUUCCCCACUACCUCGCGCAACUCACUCACCAACAUUGCAAACACUGUUGGUCGGUUGGGCUCGGCCCUGGCACCGCAGACACCGCUUCUUGGGCAUUACAUGUCUGGGCUGCCAAGCAUGGUAUUCGCGAUGGCAGCGCUGGGGCCAGCUCUGCUGGCGUUGCUGUUGCCCGACACCAGCCGCGCGCCGCUACCCGACCACGUGGCGGACGCCGAGCGCCUGGACGACUCGACCGGCACGGUCCAAAGCUAA